UAUCACAGUGGUGAAGAGGAAAAAUAUAUAUCAUAUAUUAGUAACAGAGUAAAAAGCUAAAACGUUGAAGCUUUCAAAAUUAUUAUUAGGUUUAAUUGGAGCUGCAGAAUGUUUCGGAAUCUGACCAAGCUCCUACACAAAAUGCGCUGUCCAGGGCAAAUUACAUUCCGUCACGAACACAAGAUGCCGGAGCACUUGAAAAGUGUCGAGACAGACAAGGACCCGGAGUUCUCGGCCAUGGUGCUGUAUUACUACCAUAGGGCCGCCCAGACUAUGGAACCAGAGCUGGUCAAGGAAAUGGAAAAGUACCCACAUAUGAAGCCAGAGGAGCGGCAAGCACGCGUCUCUGCCAUUCUCAACCUUUUGGGAAGCGUUUCCACCUCGGUGGAAGUUAAUUUUCCCAUUGUCCGCAAAAAUGGCAACUACGAGAUCAUCAGUGGCUAUCGCUCGCACCAUGUACGCCACCGCCUGCCCCUGAAAGGCGGAAUCCGGUAUGCUCUGGACGUGAAUGGGAACGAGGUAAAGGCCCUCGCCGCCAUCAUGACUUUCAAGUGCGCGUGCGUAAGUCUCCCAUACGGAGGAUCUAAGGGCGGAGUCUGCAUCGAUCCAAAGGAGUAUACUGUGGAUGAGCUACAGACGAUUACGCGACGCUAUACAAUGGAGCUACUUAAGCGCAAUAUGAUCGGACCUGGGAUCGAUGUUCCCGCACCCGAUGUGAACACUGGUCCACGGGAGAUGGCUUGGAUUGUGGAUCAGUACCAGAAAACGUUUGGCUACAAGGACAUCAAUUCCUCCGCAAUCGUCACUGGAAAGCCAGUUCACAUCGGCGGCAUUAACGGUCGUCACUCGGCCACGGGAAGAGGUGUGUGGAAGACGGGUGACCUCUUCCUAAAGGAUAAGGAUUGGAUGGAUCUGAUUAAGUGGAAGACUGGCUGGAAGGACAAGAGGGUCAUCGUACAGGGCUUCGGCAAUGUGGGCUCCUUUGCCGCAAAGUUUGUGCACGAGGCGGGGGCCAAGGUUAUUGGAAUCAAAGAGUUCGACGUUUCUCUUUAUAAUAAGGACGGUAUCGAUAUCAAUGAUCUUUUCAGUUACAAAGAUGAAAAGAAAUCCAUUAAAGGAUACCCCAAGGCUGAGGAGUCAAAGGAGGAGCUUCUGACGGCCGACACCGAUAUCCUUAUGCCCUGCGCCACCCAGAAGGUGAUUACCAGCGAGAAUGCCAAUGACAUAAAGGCCAAACUUAUUCUGGAGGGUGCCAACGGACCCACCACACCCGCUGGCGAAAAGAUCCUGUUGAAGAAGGGCGUGCUCCUCGUACCCGAUCUCUAUUGCAACGCUGGCGGGGUAACUGUCUCGUACUUCGAGUACCUAAAGAACAUUAACCAUGUGUCAUACGGCAAGAUGAAUUCGAAAACCACCUCCGAAUUGAUCAUCGAGCUGAUAAACUCAAUCAACGAGUCCCUGCAGCAAUGCGGUGAUAGCUUCCCUGAGAUUAAGGCCAAUAAGAAGCUAAAGAGGAUUCGGGAGUGCACCACGGAGGCGGACAUCGUGGAUGCAGCUCUCCAGACUGUAAUGGAAUCUGCAGCUCUCGGAAUCAAGCAAAUGGCCAACAAGUUCGAGUUGUGUAAUGAUCUGCGACAAGCUACUUAUAUCUGGUCCGCCUUAAAAAUAUUUCAAGCCAUGGAAAGCUCUGGCAUUUCUCAACAGUGACCAAAUUUAUGUUUUAUAAUUUUUAUAGUUUUUAAAUUACUU